GCCAUUGAACGCUCCGGGCCUUUCUUCCUCCUCCGACCCACACUGUCGCGUCCGCGUCCAUCGCUUCCCACUCCUUGCCUUCCUUAAUCCCGCGCUCGUUGCCCCGGUUCGAUCCCUCCCCACCACCGGGCUCAUGGCGGAUCAGCUCACCGACGACCAGAUCGCCGAGUUCAAGGAGGCCUUCAGCCUCUUCGACAAGGACGGGGAUGGUUGCAUCACAACCAAGGAGCUGGGUACUGUCAUGCGUUCACUGGGGCAGAAUCCUACAGAGGCUGAGCUCCAGGACAUGAUCAAUGAGGUUGAUGCCGAUGGCAAUGGCACCAUCGAUUUUCCAGAAUUUCUCAAUCUUAUGGCUCGCAAGAUGAAGGACACUGACUCAGAGGAAGAGCUUAAGGAGGCCUUCCGUGUGUUUGACAAGGACCAAAAUGGCUUCAUCUCCGCCGCUGAGCUCCGCCAUGUCAUGACAAAUCUUGGUGAGAAGCUAACUGAUGAGGAGGUGGAUGAGAUGAUCCGUGAGGCUGAUGUCGAUGGCGAUGGUCAGAUCAACUAUGAGGAGUUUGUCAAGGUCAUGAUGGCCAAGAUUUGUGCUGCUCCUUGGGGAGUUAUCAUGGAGCAGGGCAAGAAAGCAAAGGUACUGUGCCUGCAUGGCUUCCGGACAAGUGGGAAUUUCUUGAAGAAGCAGAUCAGCAAGUGGCACCCUUCUAUAUUCCAGCAGUUUGAAAUGGUAUUCCCUGAUGGCAUCUUCCCAGCUGGGGGAAAGUCGGAAAUAGAGGGCAUAUUUCCACCACCGUACUUUGAGUGGUUCCAGUUCAAUAAGGAAUUCACUGAAUACACAAAUCUAGAUGAAUGCAUUUCAUAUCUGUGUGAUUACAUGGUGAAAAAUGGACCUUUUGAAGGUCUACUUGGAUUCUCCCAGGGUGCAACACUUUCAGCCCUUCUGAUUGGCUACCAAUCACAGGGCAAGGUUCUGAGUGAUCAUCCACCAAUUAAGUUUAUGGUCUCCAUAUCUGGGAGCAAGUUCAGGGACCCAAGCAUCUGCACUAUCGCCUACAAGGACCCGAUCAAGGUGAAAUCAGUGCAUUUUAUUGGAGAAAAGGACUGGCUCAAAAUACCCUCCGAGGAGCUGGCUUCUGCCUUUGAUGACCCUCUUAUCAUAAGGCAUCCCCAAGGCCAUACUGUCCCUAGGCUUGUCGAUGCAUCUGUGGAACAACUUUCUGAAUGGAGCUCAAACAUCCUGGAAGACCUCAAGAAUGAAUAUGUUACUGUUCCCAAGGUUUUGGAUUCAGAUGAGAGUACUGAUGUUGAACUUGCAGAAAACAACAUGGUGGAACAAGUUGCUGCUUGAGCAUACUUGCUAGAUGAUGUGGUUGUGUUUGAAACCCGUUCUCACUUUUCUAUAACCUCAGUAAUCCAUGGAAUCCGCGCGAUCUAUAAGUGCAUCCCAUUUGCUAAAGAAUAACAUCAUUCUCUGAAGUUUCAGCUGAAACAAGUGGGUUCAGACAUUCAAUGUAAUGCACAAGUACUUGCGUUCGCAAGGUAUUCUUGUAAGCAAACUUUAUUGAGAUAUGACGACGGUCUAUUUCUGUU